AUGACACGUUGUUUAGGCAAAGUGAUUGGAAGACAGAAGUCCAAUGUUUUGUUUAAAAGUCUUUGUGCUAAGGCUUUUGAAAUGCUUCACUUGAAAGCAAAAUUCUCAUUAUUCCAUCACAGUAGUUCAGUAGUUUCCACCAUGAACCAGCACUUGGUUCAACCCCAUGACGGCGUUUCCGCCGAAGCAUCUGCGCUCGAGCUGGUGGUUGCCACGGUGGUCCUGGCUUUGCUUUCGCAAGUCUUUUGGCUUUGCUGGUGCUCAUGUUUCCGUCAUGUCAAGAGAUGUUAUUACUCUUAUUUUUCUUCUUGUUCCUCUUCCUCGGCCGCCACCAUGGACCCGUCGGCGAUCGCUGACGUGGAGAGUAUCCUUAACUACAAGUUCAAAGACAAACGCCUCCUCGAGGAAGCUCUGACGCAUUCUUCGUUCACCAAGACUGUGUCGUUCGAAAGACUAGAGUUCAUCGGCGACGCCGCGCUCUGCUUGGCCGUCGCUACUCAUUUCUUUCGUUUGGGGCAGCUGAAGCUAACCCCCGGCCAACUCACGAAGCUCCGAGAAAAGUGCGUAAGCAACGUGAAACUCGCGCGCGUGGCUGCUGAUCAUGGCCUUUACUGGUCGCUCAGGAGAAACAACACUGCUAGUCUCGACAACGAUGUAAGGAAGUAUGAAAGGACAGUGAAAGAUGCAGCUGAUGAUCAUAACAUUACAGUUACACAUCCAGACAUACUGGCUGAUGUUGUAGAGGCUUUGGCAGGUGCUGUUUAUUUGGACGUCAAUUUUGAUCUAGACAAGCUGUGGACGAUCUUUAAAGGUCUAUUGGGUGUUGAUGAAAUCAUGCUGCCAAAGGAUGGACCUGACCUGUCUUCUGAGAUUAAAGGAGCACAAAAUGAGUUGUAUGGAUUAUGUGGCAAGAGAAAGUGGAAAGAACCUGUUUACAGAAAAGUAAAAGAUGAAGGUCCCUCACAUGAGAGGAAAUAUAUGUAUUCAGUUGAAAUUGAAAUUGAAGAUGUUGUGCUCUGCAUGGAGGGUAAUGAAAAACUUACAGAAAAAGAUGCCAGGAACUCUGCAGCUUUCCUUUUGAUCUGUUUCCUAGAAGAAGCUGGCAAUAUGUGAUUCUGCUGCUUGCUUGGAGGAUCAUAUCUGCUAUAUAUGGGGUAAUAUUAGUAAACUCUAUUGCUGUAAGCUGUAGGUUGGCUUGAGAAAACUUGAAAUGGAUUUACCAUAACAGCAAGAUAUAGGCAUGGAAGCAGCUUUAGCUUGCAAGUUUGUAUUAUCUUUGAAUAAUGAAUCUGUUGGUCUGAAACUGAGCAAUGAUGGUUCUUGAAUCAAUAAAACAGAACUGUAUGCUAUUUAAACUA